CGGCCCGCAGCCCGGAGCCCGCCCGGUCCGGAGCGCGGCGGCGGCGCGGCCAUGGGCUCCCGGCUGAGCCGGCAGAGCAGCCUGGAGGAGGAGAGCGGCGAGGAGCCCUGCCCCGCCAGGCURGAGGGCGGCCGGGGCGACUUCCACCUCUCCUCGCUGCUCCUGCACCCGCAGAAGCUGCCCGGGGUGCUGCGGAAAGCCUCGCCCGCGCCCUACGUGCGGCGGGUGGGGUGGCUGCGGGAGAUCCAGGCCACCAUCCGGGAGCACAAGCGGGAGCACGCCGUGCACAUCCUCCGGCUGCUUAGGAAGGACUUAGGACUGGAAGGAACAUUUCUCAAUGAAGUGCUCUACAAAAAUGCGACUUUCCUCAACUUGGUGGAUCCCAUCUCCCAUGACCUGCUGAUGAGCCUUGCUAGAGAUCUGCAGUGUCCCAAAAAGGAAUAUGACCCCUGGAAAUCCUCAGACAGGAUCUGCAGGCAGCUGAUUUACCACCUAACCCCGCACUCGAAAUGGCACCGGCACGGGAUGCCCCGCAGGAAGUCCCAAGUGUGCCUGAAGACCAGCCUGCAGAAGAAGGUGAGCCAGGACUCCAUGGAUUUGUCAGGGAUCCCCCUGAGCAUGCGGGAUGUCCACCGCAUGGCRUACUACCUGCAGAACAACGGGGACCACCUCACCUCGGUGGACCUGAGCUUCACGGAGCUCAACGAUGACAUGGUGCGCCUGCUGCUGCCCUUCCUCUGGGCGCUGCCCAAGCUCACGCACCUGUCCCUCAACGGCAACCGGCUGACGCGGGCGACCAUGAAGGAGCUGACUGACACCAUGAAGGACAUGAACAAGUUCCCUUGCCUGGCCUGGGUUGACCUCGGCAACAACGUGGACGUCUCGUCCAUGCCGCAGCCGCUGCUCGUGGGCCUGCGCAAGCGCCUCAGCCAGCAAACCACGCUGCCGACCAUCUAUGAGGCGCUUGACUGCGACUCUGAGAUCGCCGGCGGGCACGAGGGCAGCCAGCCAGAGGAUGAAGCAGCCGGAAGCACCCCGCCACGUGCUUUUUCUCAGCAGGGCUGCGAGAGGUGACUGAACAACGGGCCGGCGCUGGCACACUGAAGCCACCCCAAGGAGAGGUUUUGAGUACAAACAUCAAGCAGAGGGCCAGCUUGACCGGCUUCCCUUGGCUCUUUUCUCUCGCCUUCCCUGACAUCUCCCCCCCACCUGCUGUGAGACAAAAGCCCUGUCGUCCCCMCACAACGUGCUCCACUCCCUCCCCUCGCUGCCAAACCCAUUGCCCACGUUCCAGAGAGGAACCAGUGACUUACAGUGAACCUGGUCCCCAGGCAGGGUCUCACUGGAAGACGGGAAAAGACCUGUCGGAGUCAAGAAUAUCCUCCAGCAGCCAUUGGGUUGAGGGAAAGGGAUGGGGGGGAACCUAAAACAGAAACAAGCUUCUAGUUUACUUCCUUUCUUCCUUUUCCUAUGCACCUUGGAAACCUUGGGACCUGCAGCCUAGAGUGUGAAAGGAGGUAGCCCAAGAGCCUAGUGCUGUGGAGCUUAGUGGAAGGGCUCAGAAGCCAGAGCUGGAGCCCGGCAGUGUGUCUCCCUCUUGUGUCUGGCUCCUUUUGUUUUGUUUUUUUCCUAUUGUGUGUUUUGUAUGAACGUCUGAACAAAGGGACCUGGUCAGAGACCAUUGGAUCACAUAGGCUGGGGCGGACACAUGGGUUGGAAUUGCAGCAUCAGGAUAUUUGCUGUGUGACCGGGGUGAGAGGGAGGGGAAGGAGGUAUGUAUUGGUGGGAGCAUGGGGGAUGGGAUGAGUUGGGAUGGGAUGGGAGGAGGGGGGAGGAGAGGGAAGGGGAAACGGUCUCGUGCAUUAGUAGGACUGGUUUCAAAAACUGUGUUUUGUACUAAAAUUAYAAGUUCCAAGGUACUACAAUUGCAAGUUCCAAGUGAAAUUGAGGAAAAGCUGACAGCUAACCUAACUGUGGCAAGGGAGGCGCAAGCAGCGAACGUGCCGGAGGUGGGCACUUCCCAGUCGGAAGCGCAAAACUUUGGCUCCUUGUGGCACGUUGCACACCUCGUAAAACAGACACAACGUGAGCAGCUGCAUCACCAUUUCCAGUGCUGUCCAAAACCCAAGCCACUGAUGCAGAAUUUCCAGUGUUUUCCACAUUGCUCAUGCUCUAUGUAAACAUAAUAAAGAGUUCUCUUGGACAUAAGCGUUAAGCACGUCUGAGUAACUGGGCUGUUUGCAAAUCUUGGARUAUGGACCAGAGCCCUCCUGCAGUGCCUGAGGGAGAGGAUCAGGUACCAUUCACAUUGGUCAGAGAGGUUCAUUCCUUUAAUGAAAGAGAAACAUGGUGUUCAUUUGUGGCAGGCUGCCACCCUUCAGGUUGCAGAGGGCUGAUAGAAAUAAA